GUUGUCUGUUUGUUGUGAAUCUCCUGAACGAUUUUGCGGGUUUCAAGUUUUUGCUGAAACUGUAAUGCUCAUCGUUGGGAAAAUUGAAAAAUGGAUUACGUUUAUAUGAGCGGCGAUCCGGUUAAUCGAGCCGAGGACAUCAUCACCCUGACGAUGUAUGACAACGGUCCGCCAGCGGGUGAAUAUCCGGAAGGAGACUUUGGGGCGUUCAACAUCGGUUUCGGGGAGCCGGAGUUCAUGGAACAUGGAAUGGUGCUGGCAGAUGGUGGAGAUCGCUUCGGCGUGUCGACAAUUUCGUUCGACAGACAAGAGGAGUUGAUUUGGAUGGGAAACCAGGGUGGACAUGUAACGUCGUACUACGGUGGGACGAUGCAGAAGUAUACGUCGUUUCAGGUACACGCCAAUGAGAUUGUUCGGCAGAUCCACACCAUCGACGCGGGAAUAUUGGCCUUGACGAGUACAACGCUACGGCAUCAGAUACGGAGAGGUAUUCCGAAAUUUACAUACCGAUCGGAGAAGAUGGUCGCUAUGCUGUGUAUGAUUGAGCAUCAACCAAAUCGACUGUUGAUGGGAGGUCAUCAGAGCGAGUUGAUUGAUUUUGAUGUAGCUACGUAUCAGGAGGUGGGAUGCGUUCCGGGUGGACAGAAUGGAUGCGCGAUAUUGAGGAACCAUUCUCGGUACCUAUGCGAGGGAGAUCCACUUGGAAAGAUUACACUACGUGACCCAAAUAGCCUGUCGAUUGAGCAUGAGUUGACUACGCAUACUGGAAGUUUGUCAGACUUUGAUCUACAGGGGAACUAUUUGAUUUCCUGUGGCUACAGUGGAAGACAGGGAAAUCUGGCAAUUGAUCGGUUCUUGAUGGUUCACGAUAUGCGAAUGUUGAGACUAGUGUCGCCGAUUCAGGUGCUGGUUGAACCUCAGCUGUUGAAAUUCCUGCCGUCACCUUGUUCGCGCCUAGCAGUCGUUUCUCCACUGGGACAGCUUCAGCUUGUGGAUACUGUGGAACUGAGCGAACCACGGGUGCAGAUGUUUCAGAUUAACACUACCGGAUCACAGUGUCUCACUUUCGACAUUAGUGCUUCCAAUCAAGCGAUGGCGUUCGGUGAUCAGUCUGGUCAUAUCAAUCUUAUUGCUGCUGUUAAAAUCAAUACUCCAACUCUGCAGUUCAAUCCGUACUCUAGGGAUACAGAAUUUGCCGAUACAGUAGAACCGCUGCCAAUGGUUUCAAUCACUGAUAAGAACUUCCCUCUGUCGUCGAUUCUACUGCCACAUCUAACGACCGGCAAUCGCUGGCUCAGUGACUGGCCAGCGUUUAUGAACACCUAUGAAUACCUCAAACCGAAGCCGAUAAGUCCAGAGAUUACAUCCACCAUGAAGAUGCAGGGACCGAUUGGAUACGCUCCCAAUCCGAAGGCUUCCCUUCGGAAUCAAAUUCCCUACGCUAUGGACAAAAAUUCUGCAUCCAAUCAGAGUUCCGCACCGGUUAGUAGUUCGCAGAAAGGAAGUGGGGACCAGGGAAUGAAGCUUGUACCCCGUCGCUAUCGGAAAGUGGAAGUCAAGUACAGCAAAUUGGGCUGUCAGGAUUUCGAUUUUGAACAGUACAACCAGACGGGUUUCGUCGGGUUGGAAGCAAACCUUCCGAAUGCCUAUUGCAAUGCUAUGCUUCAGGCCCUGUACUUUGUUGUUCCGUUGCGAAAGGCAAUCUUGUCGCAUUGCUGUUCGAAAGAAUUUUGCUUGGCGUGUGAGUUGGGCUUCCUGUUUCACAUGCUGGACGUCGGAACUUCGAAUCAACCGUGCCAGGCGAGCAAUUUUCUACGUUCGUUCCGCACGGUUCCGGAAGCGGCUGCUCUCGGGUUGAUUCUGUCUUCCGAUCGGAACAACAAUGCCAGCAUCAAUUUGAUAAGCUUGAUUCAGAACUGGAAUCGAUUCAUUCUGCACCAGAUACACUACGAGCUGUUGGAGGCAAUCAAGAAGAAUGAAGAUAUGAUGGCCGCCAGCGAACCGGUCGGCGUGGGAAGAAGAAUGCAACUGUCGGCUACGCAGAGACCGUUCAUUCCCGGAGCUGAGAUGCAUGUGCAACAACCGGAGGACUAUCAGGAAAGCUUGGACAGUGAGGUGCAGCAGUACGAUUCGAACAAUGAAAAGUUCCUGUUCCUGGAGGCGAGUAGCGACUACGACGUGACGCUGAUUCCGGAGUGCGAACCCUAUCCGGAUCCGGCGGAGCAAACACCACCAUCGGCUAGCAGAAGCUACAACAAAGACGAAACCGAAAUCAGCCGCCUCUUCGGAACCCAACAGAAGACAACCCAGCGUUGCUUGAAGUGCAACACCGAACGGGUCAAGAACAACAUCCUUCUCGUUUGCAACCUACUCUAUCCCGUCAACACGACCAACCGUAACGUGGAUGGCACAUUCGCUUCGAUCUUGAAGAACUCGCUGACCGUGGAAAAGACCACUCCUGCUUGGUGCGAGAAGUGUAACAAGUUCACACCCACCAAUCAGAAGAGUCGCGUCACCGAUUUGCCGGAGAUUCUUUCCAUCAACUGUGGCCUGGAGACGGAUAAGGAGCUGGAAUAUCUGAAAAGGCAGAUAAGUCGUCCAUCGGCCCAAGUCGGUGGAUCAUCCACGUCGGAAAGUGAACCUCGUAAUGGAAACGUGGGCAAUGGAAAGAUGUGCCGCUAUGGAAUGAACUGUUCCCGUGUGGAUUGCCACUUUUCGCAUCCCAGGAAAUCCUCCCCAGCGGUUAUUAUCUCGAGCGCUCCCACGCCAGCACAGCAGAAGUCCUGGUUCCCGCUGAGCUUGCAGAUGAGUCUCGAUGAGAAGGAGAAUCUCGAAAUCGGUUCAAUGAAGAGUGCUUCCAGUUGCAGCGAAAGCACUGAUGGCAAGGAAAUCAAAGAAGACAAACCUUUCCGCAAAUCGAAACGAUACAGUCUCUCUGCAGCCGUGUGCUACAUCAACGAUGGUGCCCAGCGCAAUCUGGUGGCUUUGAUUCACGUCCCGAAGAGCUAUCACGAUCUAAAGCAGCACCGCACGGGUGAGGCCCCCGGUGCAUCCUCGGGAAUCGACUUCACCGAUGGCAGCUGGUACAUCUUCAACGAUUUUAGCAUCUCACCCGUCUCGGUCCAGGAAGCGGUUUGGUUUACCCUGGACUGGAAGGUUCCCUGUGUCCUGUUCUACACCAGCACUACCCUUCGGGAAGAGGUAGGCGACAACAAAGAAUGCCUCACACAGUACGUGAAUCCUUUCACAAACGAUCUGUUCAUGGAAGCAAGACCCGUAGUAGAAGACAAGAACUUCAAACCACUGGGGCAGGAAGAAAUCUUCCAAUCGGGUGAUCUGGUGGCAAUGGACGCUGAAUUUGUAACCCUCAACCCGGAGGAAAGCGAAAUCCGAUCCGAUGGCAAACUUUCUACCGUGAAACCAAGUCACAUGAGUGUCGCUCGAAUCACUUGUAUCCGCGGGCAAGGAGCGGACGAAGCGGUACCCUUCGUCGAUGAUUACAUCUCCACUCAAGAGCAAGUCGUCGAUUACCUGACGAAAUUCUCCGGAAUCAAACCAGGAGAUUUGGAUGCCAACUUCAGCAACAAACGUCUCACCACACUGAAAAACUCUUACCAGAAGCUGCGCUACCUGGUGGACAGUGGAGUGAUCUUUGUCGGCCACGGGCUCAAGAACGACUUCCGUGUGAUCAACAUUAUCGUUCCACCGGAGCAGAUCGUCGAUACCGUAUACCUUUUUCAUCUGCCCCACCACCGGAUGGUAUCGCUUCGCUUCCUGGCGUGGCAAUUUCUCGGCAUAAAGAUUCAAUCCGAAACGCACGAUUCGGUGGAAGAUGCUCGAACUGCACUGCUACUGUACAAGCACUAUCUAAAACUGCACUCGAAGGAUGAAUUCACAAUGGCGCUGUCCAAUUUGUACGAAACGGGCAAGAAGCUGCAGUGGAAGGUACCGGACUAGAAGGGUAGAUCUCUGAUUUUAAAAGAAGAAGGAUGGUGAUAUCAGUAUUUCCCUUUGCAAUGGAAAAUGAUGCUAUCCGUGUUUGGUUUAAGAUAAACUGAGAUUUGUUUCGUCUUUUAUUAUUCAUCAAUCAUAAUAUAUUAGUGAUUUUUUUUUAAAUAUGUAUUCCAUUUUGUCACCCACUUUGGGUUUACACAUCUACAACUAUUAUAUUUUUUUAAUAAACAGCAUGUCAAAAUCUGUGUAGAAAGGUUUGUUCAAUAAAUACAUGAUCUAAUUCAAUUAAUAGUUGUCACACGUCACACAUACAUGAUGAUUGUACACGCAAAA